GCUGCAGGCUCACAUGUUGGUGAAUUACUGAUAGGGUAUUCAUUUUUUGUGACUGACUACAACCACUGAAAUUGGUGAGACAUGAUCCUGCACUUCCAAUGCAUGUCCUUUGUAGCUGCAAUAUUCCUGAUAUUGUUCUCUAAGGCUUUGUCAGAUACAUCACCCGUGUGUUCUGUGAUACAAGGACUUCCAGGUCUCAAUGGAAGAGAUGGAAGAGAUGGGGUCAAUGGCUUAAAAGGGGAUCCAGGUCCCCCUGGGGCACAAGGAACACCAGGUAUAAGAGGUGGUAAUGGACCACCAGGAAAAGUAGGACCUAGUGGAAGUCCAGGAGAUAAAGGAACACCAGGUUUGAAAGGUGACAAAGGAGCCACUGGCAAUAUUGGAGCACCAGAUCCUGUUCUGGCAACGAAAGUCACAGACUUGGAAAACAAAAUAGCUGCUCUGGAGAAGAGUCUUUCCUCGCUACAGAAAGUGGCCUAUUUCCAAAGUGGAGUGGUAACAUCAGGAAACAAAAUUUAUGUCCCAAAUGGAUUGGAAGGUAAUUACGACACUACCCUAGCCACCUGCCGUGGAGCACAAGGAACGCUGCCAACUCCUUUAAAUAGGUUUGAAAAUGAUGCCUUACAACAGCUAGUAAAGGCAAGAGGCAAGAUGAUAUUUCUUGGCAUGAAUGAUGAAAAUGUGGAAGGUUCCUUUGUCUAUCUCAAUGGCAACCACAUUUCUUAUAAGAAUUGGUACCAAAAAGAACCAAAUGGAGGACGAGGUGAAAACUGUGUACAAAUGUAUGAAAAUGGACAGUGGAUUGAUAUCACCUGUAAUCAGAGAAAUUUGAUUGUAUGUGAAUUUUAGAAGUAUUUCUGUAUGACAUUUUUCAUGCCUGCAUAUGAAAACUGAGGAUUUUUAAAUGUACAAAUCUCCAUCCUUGUACUCGAGCUAUACUCGGGAAUAGACUGAAUUAACACAGUUAUCAUUCCAUCUUUAUUUGUAGACUAUAAAUUCUGUGCAAUGUCAAAAUUAAAGGAGAACUUGAAAAUGUAUCACUGGAAUUUUGUACUUCUGCGAAAUUACCUGAUGAUAUGAACAAAAUCUUCUGCAGCUUUGUUCAACUAUAUAAACUCUCAAUAAAGACUUCUGAACCAUUA